CGGUGAUGCAAAGAAAAAGAGCUGUCGACACUUCCGUAGUGGAGCUGUGCCCUAUAUUUACAUAAACAAACGUUGUUGUAAGAACUAAACCAACAACGCAACAUGGUGUCAGAAGUUGGUGAACUGAUUCUUAUGGAUUAAAUUGAAAUUAAAUGGAAUAAUUAAAUUGUAAUUGUGAAGCUCAUUCUAACAAAAUGGCAAGCUUUAACAAUAUGCAAGGACAAACACCCAAAAUGGACUGGGACAGCAGAGAUUUGUCACAGUCAUUCAAGUCGUUCAAGUCACAUUCCGACUUUAUGUUUAAGGGUCCUCUAAAGGAACAAUCACAAGAAGUGAAGUGUCAUUACCUAAUGCUGUGGGUUGGAGAAAAAGGUCGUUCCAUUUUUAGCACUUGGAGACCAACAGACGAUCAACAAAAAGAUCUUACAUACUUCUACAACCAGUUCGAGAACUAUUGUAAACCAAAAUCAAACCGUAUAUAUUCAAGAUACAUUUUCAAAAUGAAAAUACAAAAAGAUGGCGAAUCGUUUGAACAGUUUGUUACGGACUUGAGAUUACUCAUCAAAGAAUGUGACUAUCCAGAGGACAUUCUUGAUGACAUGAUCCGGGAUCACAUUGUAUUUGGCGUUCGAUCUGUGAAACUCCGCGAAAAGUUCAUAAGCGAAGGGAACGGUUUAACGUUACAGAAAUCUUUGGACAUUGCUAGAACGUAUGAACUUACAAAAUCACACAUUCAACAAAUGGACAACAAUAAAAGUGUAAAUGCCGUUACACCAAGGACAUAUCACCACCCAGAGGCAAAGAGGAAUCCAAAACAAAGGUCGAGAGGCAAACUGAAGUAUGCUAACGCUGGCACGAAGAAGGCUAUGUGUUCAAACUGUGGAUCAAAACACGAGACCAAGGACAUAUGCCCAGCAAGAGGGAAAGACUGUAACUACUGUGGGAAAAGAAAUCACUUUGUUAGUGUAUGCUACAAAAAGCAAAAGGAACAGAACAAAUCACGAGUGCAUGAGGUAAAUGAUUUUUCUUCCUCAGAUCUAAGUGACAACUGUGAUGGUUAUUUUGUUAAUACUGUUACUCAUGACAAACACAAAAAUCAAGCUUUUCUCAAUAUUUCAGUUGGUAACAACAGCACACAAUUCAAAUUCAAGAUUGAUUCUGGUGCACAAGUUAAUAUCAUACCAUACCACAUGUACAAAUCACUUGGUAGCAAAAUUCAGUUGAAACACACAAACAGCAAAUUGACAGCUUACAAUGGCACACCACUCAAAGUACACGGUGUAGUUAGUCUUCAAUGCUUGUACAAUGGUAAAAUUUCAAGAAACGAUUUUUACAUUGUAGAUACACCCUCAUGUCCAAUUUUAGGUCUUGACACUUGCCUUGCAAUGAAUCUACUCAAAUUUGUAUCAGCAGUAGAACCUGACGUUUCUUACACAAAAGACCAAGUUAUUUCAAAAUACCAUGAUGUGUUUACUGGUCUGGGAACACUUCCAGGUGAAUGUGACAUACAUAUAAAAUCGGAUGCAAUACCUGUAGUACACCCUCCAAGACGUGUACCUAUUGCAAUUAAGGACAGACUAAAAACAGAAUUAGACAGAAUGGUUAAAGACAAAGUCAUUGUCAAAGUGACAGAACCGUCUGUAUGGGUCAACAGUAUGGUAACUGUUGAAAAACCCAAUGGCUCUUUAAGGGUAUGCCUAGACCCUAAAGACCUGAAUGAGGCAAUAGUGAGACCACACUAUCCAUCUAGAUCAAUAGAUGAUAUUUUGCCUGACUUGACAGGUGCAACCGUAUUUUCCAAAUUUGACGCGAGAACCGGUUAUUGGUCUGUUAAACUGAACAAGAAAUCAUCAUUUCUGACAGUUUUCAAUACUCCAUUUGGCAGAUAUAGGUAUCUGAGACUUCCCUAUGGUGUAAAUUGUGCUCAAGACGUCUUCGUCCAGAAAAUGGAGUCUUGUCUUGAAGGUUUGAAUGGCGUCAAGGUCAUUGUUGACGAUAUUGUUUGUUAUGGCAAAGACAAACAAGAACAUGACAGAAACUUGGACAAACUUAUGGAAAGAUGUCAACAAAAAGGUCUCAAACUCAAUGCUGACAAAACCGAGAUUGGUAAGUCAGAAAUACCUUUCUUUGGACAUUUACUGACGUCAGACGGACUGAAAAUUGAUCCUUCAAAGGUAAGAGCUGUCCAGGAAAUGCCGUCUCCUAAGUCAAAGUCUGAGCUAGAGACUAUAUUAGGAAUGGUGAAUUAUCUGCAACGAUUUGCACCAAAUCUUGCAGAAAUGACUAGUCUGUUACGACAGUUGUUGAAGAAAGACAGUAUUUUCCGGUGGGACCCGGAACAUGAAACUGCCUUGAACAAAAUAAAAAGGGUAAUAACUCAAAACCCAGGUCAGGUACUCUCGUACUUUGAUCCAAACAUUGAAGUUGUGCUGCAAGUAGACGCAUCACAAAAUGGACUUGGUUGUGUUUUGCUUCAAAACGACAAACCAGUUUUCUUUGCUUCGAAAGCAUUGACGUCUGCAGAAAGAAACUAUGCCCAGAUUACAAAAGAGCUCUAUGCUGUAUUGUAUGGCAUGACCAAGUUUCAUCAAAUGACAUAUGGACGACAUGUUGUAGUCCAAAGUGAUCACAAGCCACUUGUGAGUAUAACACGCAAAAGUUUGCAUGUUGCUCCGCCAAGAUUGCAAAAGAUGAUUUUGCAAUUACAGAAAUACGAUUAUGAAAUUGUUCAUGUACCUGGAAAGGACAUUCCAGUAGCUGACACACUAAGUCGCAACUAUUUGCAAGAUGAACAGAUUGAUGUAUGUAAAGACAUAGAUGUUCAUGUACAUUCUGUCAUGGAAAACAUUGCUAUGAGUGAUCAGAAAAUGACCCUGAUCAAAAGCAAAAUUGAGACUGAUCAAGAGAUGCAGACUCUGAAACACACAAUAUUAACAGGUUGGCCUGAUAAGAGACAGAACUGUCCAAAUAGUAUUUUACAAUAUUGGAAUUUCAGAGACGAACUAACAGUCAUUGACGAUUUUUUGUUGAAAGGAAACAAUGUCAUAAUUCCCAAAGAUUUGAGACAUAUGAUGCUGGACAAAGUUCAUGAUUCACACUUAGGCAUAGAGAAAUGUACUCAGCGUGCAAGAAGUGUAAUGUUUUGGCCCAAUAUGACCAAAGACAUAAAGAACAAAGUACUCAAUUGUCCCAUAUGUCUUGAACACAGAAACUCCAAUGUCAAGGAACCAAUGAUUCCUAAUCAGAUUCCCAGCAGGCCAUGGGAAGUUGUGGCUACUGAUAUUUUUCACUGGAAUGACAGUAACUACAUUGUUGUAGUUGAUCUGUAUAGCAGAUAUUUUGAAUGCGGGUUACUCAGAAAUAUGAGAACUGACACGGUUAUUCACAAAUUGAAGGGCUAUUUUGCUACACAUGGAAUACCCUCAAAAGUCAUUAGUGACAAUGCAGGACAAUAUUGUAGUCAGGAAUUUGACAAAUUUGUUAGAGAAUGGGAUUUUGAACAUGUUACGUCAUCGCCGUUACACUCACAAGGCAACGGUGUUGCUGAAAGAUGUAUUCAAACAAUCAAAAAGAUUUUCACAAAAUCUCUACAAGAUAACAAAGACCCGUAUCUUGCAGUUCUCGAAUACAGAAAUGCACCGCUUUCAUGUGGCAAAUCACCAGUCCAAUUACUAAUGAGUAGGGAGACUAGGUCUAUUUUGCCAGUAACACGCAAACACCUUGAGCCGAAAGUUCAAAAUAGGCAAGAAAUCAAAAGCAAAAUGUCAAAAUCAAAAAUCAAAUCAAAGACAUGGUUUGAUAAAUCUGCCAAGCCACUCACACAAUUGUCACAAGGAGAAACAAUUAGAAUCAAACAAGGUAAACGCUGGAAACAGGCAAUUGUUAGGAAACAAGUGCAUGACAGAUCAUACAUUGUUGAAACUAAUGAUGGUGGUGUCUAUAGACGAAACAGAAAUCAUUUGUUAAAGACAAAUGAAAAACCAUUUCAAAUCAUAGAUACACAUCCAUGCAAUGGCAACGACAUUCGUCUAACUGAUCAAUCACAAAAUGACAGUGACAGAAACAUACAAAAUCAAUCAGAGCGAAACUUUUCUCAUGAUAACACUCAGUCGCAACAACAACAACCAUCAGCACCAACUAAUGUUGCUGGCAAUACUGAUCAAAACUCUAACAAGUACGUCACUAGAUCAGGAAGACAGGUCAAAGUACCUCAAAGGUUGGAUCUUUGAACUGAUUUAUGAUGUGUUUUGUGUUAUGUUGUAUAUAUAUUUGUGAUACUUCAAUAUAUUUCAAAUGUAAAACUUUUCUUCAAUAUUCUGUGCUGUGAAGGAAAUUCAUAAUCGCCUAUAUCCUGUAACCGUGUGAAAGUGAUAUUUGUGGACAAUAUUUCUACAAUGUUAAUUGGAUAUAUCAACAGCUAUCUGCGGUAUGAAAACAAUACACUUUCAGAUGACAUUUCUGGGAGGAUUCAAGUGUCCUUAUCUGAACUGUUAACAUUUAGUUAGAAGAUAUUCUCAUUAAUUUCCAGAUACACUCUGCUGGAACAAUUAAUCUGUCAAGAAGAUUUUCUGCUCAGCUGAAAAUAAUGAUAACGCUAGGGUGUUGACCAAAUUACUUUAGAUUAAAUGUGUUCUUCAUAAAUUUACUAAUUCUUUUUAAAAGAAGAGAGAUGUUGCAUUCUUAAUCUUAAUGUAUCUAAGGGACACAAUUCUUUAUAUACUACAGCAUAUUUCUCUAUUGUAGUUAUUCAUACUGAAUACUAUGUUUCAUAUAUAGCUAUGCCUGUAGUAUUGUAUUUCACUUGAUGCUUGGGUAUGAAUGAAUAAACAUGUAACUCCA